AUAACAAAGAAAAGAACAGAGAAAAAAGGAACAUGGAAACCCGUGGGCCAUGCUCUAGCCUAGAAGGAUGCAUGAGAGUCCUCCAAAGCAAGAUGACAAGUCACCACAUUCAGCAAACUAAUAAUUCCACUAAGAAAUACAUUAUCAAGGGAAAAUUAGUUAUUCUUCAAAGUCAAGGUCAUUCAGCUCCUGGAAAAUCAGCAUCCAUACGGAUUUAUAGCAGUACAGUAAUUGAUCCGAGCACGGGCAAAGGGAAGUUGAGUGAGAAAGCAUACCUCAAGCAUGGAAAGAGAAAGAAAUAUGAGGGCACAAAAACAACUGCUUACAAAAUAAAGCUUCAUGUUGAGCAAGGGUUUGGAAUUCCAGGAGCAUUUCUCAUAUCAAACCAACAUAAGCAUGAAUUCUUCCUUGAAUCUGCAACUCUUGAAUUUCUUGAGAACCAGAUCAUCCACUUUGACUGCAGGUCUUGGGUAUACCCAGUCCAGAAGACAAAAUCAGACCGCUUGUUCUUCUCAAACACUAGUUAUCUACCAAACCAAACACCUAGUGCAUUGGUGGAGCUGAGAAAAUCAGAACUUACAAGCCUGAGAGGAGAUGGAACUGGAGAGAGGAAGGAAUGGGAUCGAAUCUAUGAUUAUGAUUACUACAAUGAUCUUGGUUGUUCAGACAAAGGUCAAAAACACAUCAGACCAGUCUUGGGUGGUUCCAAAUUACAUCCAUAUCCUCGCAGGGGAAGAACAGGCCGUCCUCCCUGCAGCACUGAUCCCGCUACAGAAAGCAGAGCAGAAAUAAUAAACUUGGAUAUAUAUGUACCACCAGAUGAGCGACUUAGCCCCAAACAACUUUCAGAGGUCAUAUCAAACUCAGUCCAGGCUGCUGCUCAUUUCCUUAUCCCUGAGGCAAAAUCCUUAUUCAAACAAGAUUCCAGUACUUUCAAGUCAUUUGAUGAGAUAGACAACUUGUUUUUUAGCAAGAAAAAUCACGCAGCCGAGGGAAAAGUCACAGAAAAUUUGAAGAAAUUGAUACCAGAUGAGCUUUUCAAAAAAUUUAUUCAUGUGAGUAAAGAAGAAAUACUAAAAUUUCCAUUGCCUCAAAUUAUAACAGAGAACAAAUUAGCCUGGAAGGAUGAUGAAGAGUUUGGGCAUCAAAUGCUUGCAGGAACUAAUCCAGCACGAAUUCAAUGCUUGCAGAGGUUCCCACCAGAAGGCAAAAAUGGAACAAGUAAAAUAAAGGCAUCAGACAUAGAGCACAACCUAGAUGGAUUAAAUCUUAUCGAGGCAAUGAAACAAUGGAGAAUGUUCAUCUUGGAUCAUCAUGACUAUCUCAUGCCCUAUUUAGGCAGAAUAAACACAAAAGGUGUUUGUGCUUAUGCAUCAAGAACACUAUUAUUCUUGCGGAAUGAUGCCACAUUAAAGCCAGUAGCCAUAGAGCUCAGCUUGCCUGGGUCUCUUGAGGGCGAAGAGAUCAGCCAGGUGUUUCUACCAGCAAGUCAAGGCACUGAAGCAGCACUGUGGCAGCUUGCUAAAGCUCAUGUUGCAGCUAAUGACUCGGCUUACCAUCAAUUAGUCAGCCAUUGGUUGCAAACCCAUGCAGUAGUUGAGCCGUUCAUUAUUGCAACUAGAAGACAGUUGAGUGUAAUGCACCCAAUUCACCACCUAUUAGAUCCUCAUUUCAAAGACACUAUGCAUAUAAAUGCGCUGGCUCGCAGUGUUCUUAUUAACUCUGGAGGAAUCCUUGAGAAGACACUUUUUACCAGUGAAAUAUCCAUUGAAUUGUCUUCUGAACUUUAUAAAGUGUGGAGAUUUGAUGAACAAGCUCUUCCUGCUGAUCUUAUCAAAAGACGACUGGCCCUGAAAGACCCAGACAGUCCAACUGGAGUUAAGCUCCUCUUUGAGGAUUAUCCAUAUGGUGCAGAUGGACUUGAAAUAUGGCGUGCCAUCAAGACAUGGGUAACAGACUUUUGCUCCAUUUUUUACAAAGAUAAUGAUUCUGUUAGGUCUGACAUGGAAAUCCAAGCAUGGUGGAAAGAGAUUAAAAAUGUAGGUCAUGGUGACAAGUGCAAUGAGACAUGGUGGUAUGAAAUGACAAAUCUCUCCAAUCUAAUAGAGGCUCUAACAACUCUCAUAUGGAUUGCAUCAGCCUUUCAUGCUUCAGUGAACUUUGGGCAAUAUGCAUAUGCCAGCUACCCUCCUAAUCGUCCCAUGCUAUGUCGAAGAUUCAUUCCAAAGGAAGGGCAAAAAGAAUUUGCUGAGUUCCUAAAAGAUCCAGAUAAAUACUUUUUCAAUAUGUUGCCUGAAAGAUUUGAGGCAACCCUUGGCAUAGCAUUGACGGAGGUCCUCUCACAGCACAGCUCUGAUGAAGUGUAUUUGGGACAGAGGCCACUAGGGUGGACUGAUAAUAAAGAAGUUCAACAAAAAUUUGAGAAGUUCAAUGAAGAUCUAAAAGAGAUAGAGAAGAAAAUCUCUGAGAGGAAUGGAAAUCCUCAGUUUAGAAACAGAUUGGGUCCUGCCAAGAUACCAUACACACUUCUUUACCCAGAUACAUCAAAUGUCGGAUCUACAGGAGGCAUCACAGGAAAAGGGAUUCCUAACAGCAUAUCCAUUUAACACAUCUUCAUAGUACUGUAAACUUUAAUGAUAAUCAUAAAUAAGAAGUGAUUUGUCAACAUGCUUCAGAUAAAGUAGAUCAAGCAUCUGAAGCACCAAUUUUCUGGUCUAAGCCCAACUACUUACAUUCUUCAACAGAA